AUGUACGCCGCUAAACCAAGGUUCGACGGGAAAUGUUUCAAAUGUGAAAAGAAAGGUCAUAAAAGUUCCAAAUGUUGGAUGAAGAGCGAGAAAUGGUGUACCAAAUGUAGAAACAAGACCCACGACACAUGGGAUUGCAGAGCUGCAAAGAAGGAUGCAACAAAGUCUAUCACUGAACAACUGAAGAAUCAAGACUUGGAUGGACAGUCAUUCACAUUUACAUUAAUAUUUGGUUUGACAUGUUAUGCUUUUAUGCAAAAUACCAAGAAAGUAGAUGCGAAAAGUAACAUUAGUUACACUGUUGAUUAUUGUUAUAAAGUAGCCAACAUUCCAGAGUGCUAUAAGCAAGCUCUUGAAUUGCAAGACGCAAUGCAAUGGCAAAAAGCAAUGGAAAUUGAAAUGAAAGCAUUGACAGAUAACAACACUUUUGAAUCAGUGCCGCGGCCUAAGGAUAGGCAAGUAGUGGGGGCAAAGUGGGUUUACACGAUAAAAACAAAUUAA